AUGGGCAAGACCACCCGCGACAGUGGCGUUGCCCGGGAUGCAACUUGCCACACGACAUUUUACCAUCGACGUACAACUGUUGGUGCGAGAAAGAGAUGGAUCCGCGACCUUUGCCGGGAUUACCGCCCCAUUCUUGUGGCCAAACGUGCUCCAGGGCGAGGAGAGGGUGUCCACACCCUUGCGAUUCUGUGUGCCAUUCAGGCCCUUGUCCUCCGUGCGCGGCUAUGGGCCCAACGCAGUUUUGUUUUUGUGGGCGCCACGAGUCGACUAAGAAAUGCGUUGACACUGAUUAUGAGAAUGGUUGGAGCUGUCGGGAACCAUGCGGGGAGUUGCUGCCGUGUCUCCAACACAAAUGUCCUCGUCCUUGUCAUGAAGGCCUCUGCGGGGCCUGCGAGGAAAUUGUCGAUGCGAGAUGUUAUUGCGGAAAGUCUGAGACGAGAAUUAUGUGUAGUAAUCGAGAUGAAGAGAAACAGAGCCGUCUCACCCACGGCAAGGGCACUUCCGAAGAAAGGGUAGAGGAAUGGGUAGGCUGUUUUGAUUGUAAAGAGAUCUGCGAUCGCGACUACGACUGUGGA